UGAAGAGGCGCCCAGCCUGCCGCCAUUUUAGGUCUCGAGGUGCGGCGCCUAAGAGAGUUAGCGCGCAGGCGGGCUCAGCCCUGGCGCGGGGCGGGCCCCGCCUCCGGGGUGCCUGGAGCCCGCCCCCCGCCCAGGCUCCGCCUUCCCCCACGUGUCUGCGGCCGAGGGGAGGCGCCUGAGCCGGAGCGGGCUCUCCACCGGUCUGGCCCGGUGCUCGCCCAGGCUUCUGUCAGCGGCUCCCGGGAGCGGCCCCGGCUGCCGGAUGCUCCGGCCCCGGCUGCGGCGGGCCGGGCUGGACGCUUAGUGCCCGGCUCGUGCCCUGCCCGAAGCGCCCGCGGGGGUGGCAGCGGCCUCCGCCCCGCGGAGACCGAGCGGCUGGAGGACGAGGCGGCGGCCGCGGGGAGGAGGAUGGGGGCUAACCAGUUAGUGGUGCUCAACGUGUACGACAUGUACUGGAUGAAUGAAUACACCUCAUCCAUUGGAAUUGGAGUUUUUCAUUCUGGAAUUGAAGUGUAUGGCAGAGAAUUUGCCUAUGGUGGCCAUCCUUAUCCUUUUUCUGGAAUAUUUGAAAUUUCCCCAGGAAAUGCUUCUGAACUAGGAGAAACAUUUAAAUUUAAAGAAGCUGUUGUUUUAGGGAGUACGGACUUUCUAGAAGACGAUAUAGAAAAAAUUGUAGAAGAGCUGGGGAAAGAGUAUAAAGGCAAUGCCUACCAUUUGAUGCACAAAAACUGCAAUCACUUUUCUUCAGCUUUAUCAGAGAUACUUUGUGGGAAAGAGAUUCCUCGCUGGAUCAACCGACUGGCCUACUUCAGCUCCUGUAUCCCCUUUCUACAGAGUUGCCUCCCGAAGGAGUGGCUCACUCCUGCUGCACUGCAGUCCAGUGUCAGCCAGGAGCUCCAGGAUGAACUGGAAGAAGCAGAGGAUGCAGCCGCUUCCGCAGCCAUGGCAAGUGCUGCAACCGGUGCCAGAACUGGGCGUCACACUAAACUAUGAGCAUCUCCAAAGUCACACCUUCAGAACUGUCUCUGGCAGUUGAAUACCACUAGAGAAAAGAAAACAGAGUAAAUGUCCUUUGGAUAUUUUGUAUGCAAAGAUGGCUCUCCCCCAAAUCCCAGUUUUUCAGCUCAGGAUUAUAUUUGUAAUCAAAAACAAAAACAAAAAAAAAGAAGAAGAAAAAUCACUUGGCACAGAGGGAAAACUUUAUAUGAAGCUGCCCUCUUUUUUUUUUUUUUUUUAAUCCACUUGUAAAUUUGGAUUCACUUCCUCUGUUUUCUACAAGCUCUGUUAAAUUACGUUUACAGUAUUUUGUAUCACUGUUUACAAAUCUUGCAUGGACUUCUGCCACCGUGAAAGAAGAAAAUCUUCAUCUUCAAAAAUUAGGCAGGUCAUCUUUGUACACAUCCUGAAAAUUGCCAGAGCUACAGCAUAAAAAGUAGGCACAUGAAGAAGUACCUACAUGGUUAGUUUCCAUCACCUGCUUAUGAGCUGUGUGUUAGAUUUGUAUUUGUUUUGUUACCAUUUUUGGCACCCAGAUACAGGAAUCCAAACUGGCCUGACAUGAAGGAGCACACACAUAGCCCAAGGGUUUGGGGCCCUGGGUCAGUUCCUCUCCACCCCUUCCUAUUCUGAGUAGCACAUUUCCCAAGGUGCCCGUGGAGCAGCUGGUUUUCAUCCCAAAUAUGCCCACCUCAGCAGGGUGGUAUUCUUGUAUCUGCUGGCUUGAUGCCUCAAUUCUAUACUGAAGAUGUUUUUAUGGAAGACACUCUUAUUAACUGACAAGUGUUUUUGCACACGUGUUGGGGGAGGGGCUUCACUUUUAUUUUAAUACAUACUAAACUCCCUGCACAGGAUGUUUUGGUGGAGUGGGAGUAUCCUAACUUAGCUUCCUGAGCAGCAGUACAAACUGACAUUAAACUGCUUUUUAACUCGUCGGGCUACCUUUUAUACUAGACAUUGAAAACUAGAGUCUAAAGAAACACACACCCCAAAGGUAAUUCUUUAAUAUUUAAUACUUUGUGUACACCAUAUCAGAAAUGGCUUGUUGGAGUUUAUUAGUUCAUGAUGAGAAUAGUUUCGCCUCCUAAUAGAAAUUCUAUUUUCAUUGCUCUCGUUGAAAAAUCAUAUUUUUAUGUGUCUUAAAUUCAUCUUUUUAUGUUCUCUCAAAUGUGUGUCUCAUACAUAACAUAAUCUUAGGAAUGAAGUUGUUGCUACAGCUAAGUCUUCUUUAGGAAGGAAGUUGUCUGCUAGAAUCUACCCUCAGUUGACCCUUGGAUGUAAGAACCAAUCAUUACAUGUCACAAUCAAUGUUCUGCCUUAAGAGUGAGUGUCCUGUGUAAAGUAGUGGAUGCAGCAUAGAAACAUCCAAGGCACUGACUGCAGCUUUAGGUACUUCAUUAUUUGAAAAUCAACAUUUCUCUAUGUGAGGAUACAUAUCUUUGAGUAAAUUACAUCUUUAACUUUUCCAUGAGCUGAUUUUGAUUGACACUUAACAUAAGCACACCCUCUUUAGGGAAAGUAAACCUUGGGUUAUAAACUCUGGCCUAAGGAAAAUGAAGCCACUUUGUGCUGUUUGACUGUUCUGUUUCCAGAGGAGAAAGCCGUUGCAAGUUACUCUGCUCCAUGAGAGGCAGAGCAUGUGUUUCAGGAACCAUGCAGCAGGACAGAAUAUGCGGUCUUUAUGAAGAGUUGACUUGGUUCAGGUCUGAAAAUGAGACUUAGGACAAAACACUAAUGCUCUCCAGGAGGUUGUUCACUAAAAGAAGAGCCCUAGCCCUCAAGCCCAGGUUAGUAGGAAAUGCUUGGUACAGUUGACUUGGGGUUUUUUUAUUUAUUAAUAAUGUGGAUCAUGGUGUUUUGUAACCCUUUGAAAUAUAAAUGUUUUGAAUCUGCUGUUGACUGAAGGGAAUGGCCCCUCAGACAUUUCUGGGUAAAAAGCCAGGAACAGCUCCUCAGUGCUCGCCCAUAUUUCAGCAGCUCAACACACAAGUAACUUUCUGUCCUCACGUCUGUCUGUAGCAUUUGAAGUUUGAAGGGGUAUAAAGGUCUUCUGGGAAAUAAACAGUGCCUGCUCCAGUUAUCUGAAAAUCAGCAGGUCAAGUUCUGGACAUGAGAUUCCUUGCAGUCUAGUGUACCUGAGGUUGAAAGAGAAAGAAAAAUCUCAGUCAGUGAGGACCUUCUCUACAGUGCAAGUUAAGAGUAGGUUAAAUUAAUUUUGCUUUUCUUGCCCUUGGAAGAAAGCAAUCUUGUUCUCAAUCAGAACUAAGAAGAAAAAAUCCCAAGUCACAACUCUGGUCAUGAAUUUACAUGUGAUCCAUGGAGUCAAAUACAGCAUCUGUAGUGUAACCAAGUGAGACCAUCUCUACUGGUAGGUUGAACAGUAAUAGCGGUAAAAGAUCAGACAGCUCGUUUCUGGUACUCGUUUCUAAGUACGAUUGAGGGCAUCAGCUUCAGAAGUGUAACAUGGGGCUGUAGAAGGUGGUGAUUGUUCUAGAGCACCUCCAGGCCUGAACUCCAGCCAACUAUUGCUCUGACUCACAGCAAUAGCAUACUUACCCAUCACCAGCAUCUUACAGAGCAGGGAAUUCCAGGUUUAGUCCGUUGAUAGCCUUGUGUGUGUGUGUAGAGAUUAGGCACCACGGACAGCUGCAGAACUCUGUUUCCAUGGCUGCUUCUAUCACAAGACGGGUAGAAACGCGUUCACUGCUUCAGGGCUCCAACCCCGUGUUGUUUUCUUGCUCCACUAGGUAUUUCCUGUAGCUUUGCUGUAUGCUGUGUUUGCUCCAAGUGACUAAUUUAAAGUUAGUUUUGUCCGCAGUUGGCCAUCCUGCCAUUACGUCCCAUUCUUGUCAGUCUGGUUUGAGUGUAGCUCAUUGUUAGACUGUCAUUGUCUGCUCAGUCUAUCCACACACAUCUCCACUGUCAACAGGUGGACAGCUGUCAAUGACUCCUCAUGAACCUGAAGAGAAUUCUUGUGAAGUUGAAUGCAAGUGUACUGUCAUUCACAGUGUUUAUAAACACCAGGAACCUUCACUUUUGCUACCUUGAUAUAGCAUUGGGUUAUCUAUCAUGUUACAACAUUGAAUACAUCAAUUUAUUAAAAACUACUUUUAUAAGAAA